UGCACAUCUGGUUUUAAUGGAACGGGUUUAAGGGGUUAUACACACUUUCUCCGCUCAUACUAGCAAUGGCCGCGCCCGCCGCCGCCUCUGCUCCCCGGCGGCAAUGGCGGUACACGUGGGAAGCCCUAACGCACCUCCCCCUCCUCCGCCUAUACCUCUUCCCCCGCCCCGCAUUCUCCUCCUCCUUCCCCUCCGACCUCCGCGCCGACCUCCGACUCCAGGGCUCCCUCCUCCACCUCUCCUUCUCGCUCCCCGGGGAUGGGGCCACCAUCGCGCUCAGGGUCCCCGUCCCGAGGGUGCUCAUAGACCCUUCCGCCCCCUUCGAGUGCCGCGCCGCCGCCGCGGGGGACCACCUCGAGCUCCUCCUGGCGCUCGUCCUGCCCGUCGACCACCCCGUCGUCGCCGCCGCGUUUCCCCCGCCCGCCGGUGCGGAGCUUCCGGCUCCUCUAGCUCUGCGCGAUGAUUUGAAGGGCUUAUCUACUGGAGACGUUCACUUGUAUUGCAGAAAUUGUUCGUCAAGGUUGACAAAACAGCCACUAAGGAAAAUCAUGGAAAUGCCAUCUGUAGAUUGGGAAGAUGUGGCUGACAAUUGGUUUGGUGGAUGUUGCACCUCAUUUGGUGGUGCAGGCGAGAAACUUGUAUCUCAGUUUAUUAGUGCGUAUGGUCGUUUAGAGGGAACAAGUCUACUGGAUGCAACUGCCAUUACUGUAGAAACAGACUAUCUUGAAGCGAAUUUAAUGUUUCAGGUAGCUUGUUCUCCCCUUGGUAGAGAUUUUGUUGAUAUGAAAAAAGCUAUUUUUGAUGUUAGUGACGAAAACGAUCAUACCGCUGGGAAGAUAAAGUUGAAGAAUUCAGAAGAGCAAGCAAAGAUCAUAGCUACACAUGCACAACCGCCUACUAUUUUGGAAGAGGGGCCUAGUGUUAGUAGUAGUGAAACAAUUGGAGUCAGUCAGACUAAUCAGCCUGUCACUUCUCAGAUAGAAACUGAUACUGAUGUGUACUUUGAGAAGGAGCUUGAUUUGUUGCUGGGAGAUUUGGGCCAUUGUUGUUGUGUCAAUGGAUCCAAUGGGAAAGUUGAAGAUAGCCCUUCACAAAUCUCCUUGAGGAACAGGCAGAAUAUGUUGGAGAUUAAAAGAGAUUACAAACUAACAAAAACUAUUUCUCUUGGUAGUAGCUUUGUUAUUAAAGCUUCAAACCUUUUGAAUGAUUUUGAGUGGGUUGAACUUUUUUGUGGUCGAUGUUCAUCACCUCUUGGCUCAUACCCUUCUCAGAGUUCGCUUGUUCCGGCUGAUGGCCGUGUACGACUCUUCAAAUGCUACACAUCUACAGAAAUUCCUGUAACAGGGUCUCAUGAUGUGUUUAGGGGGCAUACAUUGGAAAGAGUUUUUGUGAAUCUGCUGCUCGAAGUCGCAGAAGAUGAAAUAUCUUUUCGGACAGUAGUCAGAGAUUUGAAAACCAAAAGGCCAAUGCUGCAAUUAGUUCUUCUUAGCUCAAAAGCAUGGUUAUCUUCUGGUUGGUGCUAUGAAAAUGAUACCAAUGGUUCACAUGGAACAACAGAUCUGCAGCCUAGUGUUAAACUCUUGUAUUCUGAUUAUAGGAAUGCUUCAGAAGCAGACUUAAGGACAGUAGAAGAGUGGGCAUCCAAAUACCGGGCUGAAGAGCUGUACAUGAUGAGGCGGCAAAUAGACGAACUCACUGAAUGCCUGGGCUCGGCAAUGGACAACUUUCCAGUUUCUUGUUCUUCCCUUGAAGGCUUGCUGCUCUCUUCUCUUAGGCGCUGACUUGAGUAUACGGUAGGAUUAAAAUUCUGCGUGAACUGAUCACAUUUUUGUACCCAAAGGAGUCUACAGCUGAUCGGCAUGCCUGGUCAUCCUCGGUUUCUUUUGGACUUUGAGCUAGGCCGUAAUCAUCUCUAACAUCUGUAAUGGAUCAAUUGCUGCUGCUAAUUGUAAACUUCCAGGUUCUCUAUAAAUCUGAUCAUGGUUUCAACCAUGACGAGACCAUGCACAGUAUUUCAUUCAAAAUGCCGCUAUAAAUCUGAUCCGAGGAGAAUCUGCACGUGUUACUCAACAUGAACUUCUCUAUCUCAGGGCAAAACAAAAACAACAAGGCACUGUUCCAUUGCAACUGUUUUUUUUUUUUUUGACAGGUCGUUGAGGCGAGGGAACAUUUCACGCUGGCUUGUAAACACCGACACCGAGUGGCAAAGGCACUCGGGCUCCGCGAAGAAGAUACCCGAGUCGUGGCUCG